CGAGUCUCACCCGACCCAGCUGUCUGGUUGUGUUGUCUGUCCGAAAGAGAAGCUGUUUAGCUAUUUGACCGCGCCGGGGUUUUAGCUCCUUCUUCUCUGCUCUGCUCUGCUCUUCUCUCCCUGCCAGCGUGCUGAUAAUAAUGUGAAGAAGCCACUCUGCAGUGGUGGGGCGAGGAAAAAAAAAAAAAAAGCCAAGUGACCGGUUACACCAUCUGGCGAGUGGGAGAUUGGAGCGAGCGAGCGAGAGAGCUCGAGUGCCAAAUGUCCAGCCUGGAUGAGCAGUAUUGGAGCUGCUCCCGUGCACCGCAGUUGGAACACAAUCGCACGCCGUCGUCGUCGCCGCCGACCAACUGGUUGGCGUCCAAAGGCGAGGAAAUGAUGUCCAUCAUCACGUCGGUGCUGGGAAGCGCCUACAGCUCGCUGCACCGCCACCGGACAUUCAACUUGAUCCGUCGCGGCUUGGUGCUCUUCGCCGUGGGGGUAAUCCUCGCCCUGGUGCUCAACUUGCUGCAAAUUCAACGCAACGUCACACUCUUUCCGGAGGAGGUGAUGACCACCUUGUUCUCGUCUGCCUGGUGGAUCCCGCCGUGCUGCGGCACUGGGGCAGCGGUGGUGGGCCUGCUAUACCCGUGCCUGGACAGCCAUCUUGGCGAACCGCACAAGUUCAAGCGAGAAUGGGCGAGCGUCAUGAGGUGCAUCGCCGUCUUUGUGGGCAUCAACCACGCCAGCGUUAAACUGGACAUUGACAACAGUGUGCAGCUGUCGCUCACCCUGGCCGCCCUUUCGCUGGGCUUGUGGUGGACCUUUGACCGCUCGCGGAGUGGCUUUGGCUUGGGCGUCACCACCGCCUUCCUCGCCACCGUUUUUACUCAGCUGCUGGUCUACAACGGCGUCUAUCAGUAUACGUCUCCCGACUUCUUGUACGUGCGCUCCUGGCUGCCGUGUAUUUUCUUUUCUGGCGGCGUCACCGUGGGAAACAUCGGACGCCAACUGGCCAUGGCUAGUGUUGAGAAGCCGCACAGCGACUGAAGGCAACGGACCCCGUGGCCACCUCAGCAGGACAGUGUUUGCCUUUUUUCUUAUUUUGACUUCAUCGCUGGUUUGACUUUGACUUUUAAGACAACAGUCUUUGAAAGGGAAACUUUCUGGAUUUUUGUUAGUUUAGCAUGCCGUGAAUUGAGACUCUUUUUUUUUUUUUUUUUCCUCUCCUCACUUUUUGCCUGCCUUCUUUAAAGUGACUCUACCACAUUGUGGAGGGAGGAAUGAGGAGUGUCCCCAGGAGUGCCAAUUGGGCUAGUUGCUAACUAGCAUGACGUCUGCAAGAUAUGAUUAUCUUCCUUGUGUGCUUAAAGCUAAUUAAGCCAAUUAAGCAAUGGAAUUAGGUUGCUACAUUUCUGUUGUCAACCAACUGACAAGAUGUUCUUCUCAUAAAUGGAAAAACAACAACAACUUAGAUUUUAAUAUGUGAUGCUGGAGAAAUAAUCAGCUAGUGUCAUUGUCAUUCAGACACCAGCAAUUAGCCAGUAUUCGAAGAACAGCCUCCAGAAUUCAUCCAGUAUAAUCCAAACAGGAGUCAGAGCAACAAAAAAAGAAAAUCUGAAUUUAACCAUUAUCAGCACCAUGAAAGUCAUGCCUUAACAGGUCCGGGCGUCACUGAAGCCCCAGAUAUGAAUUGGUAUCAAGAAAAUGCAAGUCCGAAAUGAGCUGGUGCGGCAGUUGGGAGCGCCAAAACUCCGGGAACGAGCCAGUAUCCAAAGAAUGGACAGACGGAGUUGGUCUGUCUGUGUGUCAAGCGUUUCGGGAAGGGGCCGAAGAGGAGCUUUGCAAUCUGUGAUUGCCCGUGUAUUGUCUGUCACAUUGUAUUUUUGCUUUUGUCACUAUCAAGCAUUGUGUGGGGGUUGUAUAACAAAUGACACGAGCAUACAUACAUACAUACAUACAUACAUAUUCAGGUGUUACGACUGUCAGUAUGUUAACUUGGGGAGAGGUGAAGUGCAAUCAGUACAUGCAUGCGCAGGCCAAUUCUUAUUUAUUAUCAUUUCUGAUAUGUCAGAAGUCGGGAUGCAUAAUUGAUCCGCUCGGUGUCAGGGUGGAUUCAGUUGCAUUUCAGAAGCUUUACUUUGGUUUUGAGGUGAUGAAGCACCUCGCCUCGUUUGUGAUUUGGUCUAUUAGCCUUUUUUAAACUUUACCUGAAAUAAAAUACAUAUGGAAAUGA